AUGACAUGGGCUAUCAUACGAUUCGAAGAAUUCUUGCGAGGAUUAAAAUUCACCGUAGAGACAGACCAUCAGCCGUUGAUAACACUGAUGGGUAAAGCCGACCUGGACCUCAUGCCUCCUCGCAUACAGCGUUUUCGUAUCAAGUUGAUGCGAUUUCAGUUUAUGGUGGUCUAUGUUCCAGGACGACUGCUUGCAACGGCUGACACGCUUUCUCGUGCACCUGAUCCAAGAACAACCAUGAAUGAUCGUGAGGCACAUGGGGUUGAACUGUAUGUGGCGGGCAUCGUGGAAAGCAUUCCAGAGGAUACGUGUGUGAGCACAACGGAACUAAAACGAUGCCAGGCUUUGGACAGUGAAUGCGUUCUGCUGUCAAGAUAUUGUAAGCAAGGUUGGCCAAAGCAAAACAAACUUCCACCGCAGGUACAGGAGUACCGCAAGUACCAGGGAGAACUUUCAGUAUGUAAUGACUUGCUGAUGCGAGGAAACUGCAUCGUAGUCCCAACAUCGCAUCGUGAGAAGAUUCUCCAAGUCCUGCAUGAGGGGCAUCAAGGCAUUAAACGAUGCAAGGCACGAGCAAGGGAGAGCGUCUGGUGGCCUUCUCUGGGGAAGCACAUUGCAAGUCUGGUCAGCGGGUGCCAACUGUGUGCACAGAGUCGAAUCCAACGCAGCGAACCGCUCCUAAGCUCGAGCACACCGAGUCUCCCCUGGGAGGAAGUAGGAAUCGACAUUUUCCAUUUGAACGGUACGGACUAUUUACUCAUCGUCGAUUAUCGUUCUCGAUACCCAGAAGUGGUGUCGCUGAAAUCAACCACUUCCUCUAACGUAAUCACCGCAACGAAGAGCAUUUUCGCACGUCACGGCAUACCAAGGACUGUACGGAGCGAUAACGGCCCGCAAUUUGUAGCACGGGAAUUCAAGCAAUUUGCUCGUGUGUACGGAUUCGACCAUGUGACCAGUAGCCCCAGGUACGCGCAAUCUAAUGGCCAAGUGGAGCGAACAGUCCGCACGGUGAAGGGACUCCUCAAGAAGUCGCGGGACCCGUAUCUUGCUUUAUUAGUGUAUCGAGACACCCCAGGUGUAUCAGGAUUGAGCCCGGCCCAGCUCCUGAUGGGGCGACGGUUACAGACGGCUCUCCCGAGAAGUCCACACCUUUUGAAGCCUCUCUGGCGCGACAGAAAAUUCGACAAGAAUGAUAGACGAGCGAAACAGCGCCAGGCAAGCGACUUCAAUCGACGACACGGAGUAGUGCAACUUCGUCCUCUAACUCCUGGUGAGCGAGUCUGGGUACAAGAUGCGGAAUGUACAGCCACAGUCCUGAGCCCAGCCAGGCGACCACGUUCCUACGUUGUCGAGACCACUACAGGGUUGCUGGAACGGAACCGAAAGCAUUUGGUUCCAUUCGAUCGGGGAGACAUCGUGGUGAACGAAAACCAUCCGCCUCUGAACCAGCAACGAUCACCUAUGGCCCGUGACAGUCCAGAAGAGAGCACGAGCGCCGAACAGCAAGCAACCGCUGACCGGCCCACAACCCCUUUGAAUGAAGGACGGAGAACGAGAUAUGGAAGACUUAUUGUUGCGCCGAAGCGCCUCAACUUGUAAGGAGUCUAUUUUGCUUAGACUGAGCUUUCGCAAGCAUUUGUGAUGUAAUUUUGUUACUGUGAUAUUUGGUUGUUAU